AUGGAUCCAACCAAACAAUUGCCACCAGCUCAAUUCUCACCUAUCGAACCAAGCAACACUACCGAUCAGCUCAUGAGAUUACCCUUGGACUACAACAUCCCCCCUCAACAGGCGGGAUUUGACUUCCACCCGGGUUACAUAUCACCUGAUCGAUCCUCUCACUCGGACUCCAAAUCCGACUCUCACUCCAGCUUUGAAUCGGAAGAUCAAUCAGACUCUGCUAGCGAUGCUGAUUCUGACUCAUCAGACAUCGAGAUCAUAAUUAGUGAGCCCAAACCGAAGACAACACCCUUUCAGAUGGCCAUCGAACCGCGGGAUAAGAAGCCACUUAUUGAAACCCCAAAGUAUUCUCCUGAAUCGAGUGAACUUCUUCCGGAACCGUUCACGUUUCCAAACCCGUUCUUGUUCCAAGAACCAAAAGCGAUUGGCCAUCCAGCUCAAUCUCAAGGAAACAAUGUCAAAGUCCCUGAAGCUCACAACGAACUGCCAGUUGAUCCUCUUCAAGUCUCUUCGAAUUAUCACUCAAAAAAGAAGAAAAAGGCAAAGAACAAUCCCGAUCCUCUUCAAGUCUCUUCGAAUUCUCACUCAAAAAAGAAGAAAAAGGCGAAGAACAAUCCCGAUCCUCUUCAAGUCUCUUCGAAUUCUCACUCAAAAAAGAAGAAAAAGACCGAUCCUGAAUCCGAUCCUCUUCAAGUCUCUUCGAAUUCUCACUCAAAAAAGAAGAAAAAGACCAAUCCCAAUCCCAAUUCCAAUCCGAUUCCUUCUUCCAAAUCUCACUCAAAAAAGAAGAAAAAGUCAAAGACCAAUCCCAAUCCUGAUUCCAAUCCGAUUCCUUCUUCAAAAUCUCAUCUAGAAAUCAAACCUGAAGUCAGUUCAGUAACUUCUCAAAUCAAAAAGAAUCUUAAUGAAGAUACAUUGUCAAGGUUGUCCAAUCCGAUCAAUAAAUCAAGACAUCCGUUUGAAAAUUGUAAUCCCUCUCCUGAGACUCAAUAUCGUUCUCCCUCUCCUGAGACUCGAUCAAUCCUAUACGCACAAGAUUUUGCCUUGAAGAGGCUAUGUCCAGAUGAUCUCGAUUAUCAUUCCUCAAUGGAUCCCUGUGUGAACUAUCAAGCCAACAAAUCCAACAACAUCAAGAUUCAUCACUAUCAAAACGAUCACAGAAAAGUGCCUCAAGAGGCUGAAUCGGUCAUCUUUCCAUCUCGAGAACCAGCUGCAAAGAUUGUCAAAAAACCAAAACAAAAAGCGAAGAACUUAGUAGAAUCAGAGCACAAGCAAGUCAAAGUUGAAAAGACACAACAUCAGAAUCAGGUGCAUGCCAAACAAACUGAUGUUGUGAAAGAAACUGAGAUACCCAAGGCUGUGGGGAAAAAGAAGAAGAAUGUAAUCAAACCAGCACCAGCUCGAACCUUGAGAUCGUCUCAAAGAAGCAAGCCAGUGGAAAAAUCGACCAAAUCUUCUUCAUCGGACGAAUCGACCAAAUCUUCUUCAUCGGACAAAUCGACCAAAUCUUCUUCAUCAGACGAGCAGGAUUCUAGAAACAAAAAGCAAAACAAAACCAAUCAGAUCUACCAGCUGCUCCUUUGGAAGCAAGUGCUGUAA